CACACACACACAAUAACACUCCCUCCCUCUCUCUCUCUCUUUUUGACUCUCUCUCUCUCUCUCUCUCUCAGUUGUGCCUGGAUUGUGCUGGAACUAAAAUACUUCACAGGAUACUUACUCUGGACGUCAUUACAAUGGCUGACACCAACAGCACUCCACAAGAUUUAAUUCAUAAAUCUCAUAAAGCAAAAGAAUUCGCCUACUCUCCAUACAGCAAGUUCAGAGUAGGAGCAGCUCUACUCACACGUGAUGGAACAGUCUUUACCGGAUGUAACGUAGAAAAUGCCUCUCUGACUUUGGGCAUCUGCGCUGAGAGGGUCGCCAUCUCCAAAGCUGUGUCAGAGGGAUUUAAAGAGUUCAAGGCCAUUGCUAUAGCCAGUGACAUGGUGGAUGAAUUCAUCUCACCGUGUGGUGGGUGCAGACAGUUCCUGAGAGAGUUCGGCCUGCAUUGGGAAGUUUAUUUGUCCAAACCAGACGGCUCUUUCAUUAAGAUGACUGCCGGGGAGCUCCUUCCUGUCUCAUUUGGUCCUGAAGACUUGCUAAAGAGUAAAUGAUUCACACUGAGAACAGCCGUAAAGAUUAUUUGACUGAACAAAUAUGCUGCCAUUUGAGAAUGGAAAUGAUAAUUUUAUGUUAACUUAUAGGUUAAUAUAUUUAUAAAAUCAGUAUACACUGAAAGCGAAAUGUAAAAACUUUCAUGUAUGCAUGCAGUGAUAUUAAAAUAAAAUUAAUAUUAUUUAAUAAACA